UCAGGUACCCUGCCUGUCUUUGUUGCUAUGGGAGAUUGGAAGACUAUUACUGUGCCAGUGUUGUCAUCAGAUAGCAAAAAUAUUUUCCAGUAUACCUCAGAGCAAAAGAUGUCUCCUCCAAGCUUAAACACACAAGUGCUACGCUUGCCACUGCCUUCAUCUAAAAGCAUGCACACCUUUUUCAGUGCCUUCUGCACAGAAGAGAAUAUUGAACAGAGUAUAUCCUAUCUCAAUAGGGAAUUGACAACAUUGGGCUUUCCUUCUAUUUAUGCGGAGUCCAAAGGAAAAGAAUUAAAUUUAAUAUCUGUCAUAAAUUGCAUGAAUGAAUUGCUUGUACUGCAGCACAAGAACCUUCGAGCUCAGGAAGAAGUAGAAAUGCAGCAUCUGAAACUGGGCAGUGAUAUGGAUCAUUUACAGAACUGCUAUGCUAAAUUAAAGGAACAGUUGGAAUUAUCUAAAAGGGAAAUAGUUGGACUUCAGGAAAGAGACAGACAACUGCAAAGCAAGAACAGAAGUCUCCAUCAAUUACUUAAAAAUGAAAAGGAUGAAGUACAGAAGUUACAGAAUAUAAUCUCAAGUAGAGCUACACAGUACAAUCAUGAUAUGAAGAGGAAAGAGAGAGAAUAUAACAAAUUGAAGGAACGUUUACAUCAGUUAGUCAUGAACAAAAAGGACAAAAAGAUAGCCAUGGAUGUUCUAAAUUAUGUUGGUAGAGCUGAUGGGAAGAGAGGUGCGUGGAGGACUGAUAAAACAGAAGCCAGAAAUGAAGAAGAAAUGUACAAAGCUCUGUUAAAUGAUUAUGAACAACGCCAAAAACAGCUUUUAAUGGAAAAUGCUGAACUGAAAAAAGUUCUUCAGCAAAUGAAGAAAGAGAUUAUUUCGCUUCUCCCACCACAGAAGCAGAAACCUAAAGAAAGGUCUGAAGAUGGGCCAGUACUGUCAGACUUGGAAGAGGAUGUUGGAGAAUUAAAUAAAGAGAAUAUGUGGGAACUGUCUUGUGAGACUGUGCGAGAGCAGCUUACUAACAGCAUUAGAAAACAAUGGAGAAUGUUGAAAAAUCAUGUUGAAAAGCUGGAUAAUCAAGUCUCACGUGUACAUUCAGGGGCUUUGAAUGACAAAGAUGUAAUUUCAAGAGAAGACCAUGAACUGGAAACUGAAAAGCUAGAGUUAGAAAUUCAGCAAUGUAAGGAAAUGAUCAAAACUCAGCAACAACUCUUACAGCAGCAGCUUAUGUCUCCGUGUGAUGAUGAUACCACUCUGUUGCUACAAGAUUGUUAUUUGUUGGAGGAAAGAGAGCGUCUUCAGGAAGAAUGGAGACUAUUUCGAGAACAAAAGAAGAACUUUGAGAAAGAACGAAGAAAUUUUACAGAAGCUGCUAUUAGAUUAGGACUUGAGAGAAAGGCUUUUGAAGAAGAUAGAGGAGCAUGGUUGAAACAACAGUUCUUAAGUAUGACUACUGAUUACAAGCACUCUGAAAAUGUGACAACUCCAAGUGCCUUCUUAGGAAGUUCUGACCAAGACAAUCGGUUAGUGAACUCCACAUCUCAACAAAGAAAACCUCACUGUAUAUUGAGUGUACCUAUUCCAGCAGAACCUUGCCAGACAUUUCAGUACAUUUCACAUAACAGUUCCAAUGCUGCAUCAAAGAAACCUGCUGGAGAUGAUAAGCCAAAUCAGUGGGAGGAAAGUGACAAAGAAGAAACUGAAUAAUGCACAAAGUCACAGGAAGACUUCUAGAGUUGGCACUCUUUGCUAUGUAGAAACUUGCACAUAGAACAACUGCCUUAGAUUUCCUAGGGUUGCCUGUUGUUUUUUGUUAGAAUAAGUAGAUGAACACAUCUCUAAAGUGAAAUGGAAUGCUGUGAGUUUGAUUAUCCUUCUAGGGGAUUAUGUGGUGAUAUGAAUUGUGUUGUGUGUGUGUGUGUGUGUAUGUGUGCACAUGGCUUUUAUUUUUUAGACCAUUUCUUGCCUCUUUUUCUUGCAACUCUUGAAAAUGUUUAUUUAAAA